AUGAUGGAAAAUGAAUCAAAUGGUUUGGGAGAACUCUCCCAGAGCCCUCUUGCUGGUAGAAUUGCAUCUCUCCUGGAAAGCAAUGGCGCCGCGAAACGCUCCAAAUUUCCGAUCGUCUUCGAGAACCUUUCGGUCAUUGGAAGCGGAAAUAAGGUACGAAUCAUCAAUCGUAGAUCUCUUGAGUGAUAAUUAAACAAUUGACUUUCUUUAUAUUUUCAGGCCGAAGUUGCGCCAACAGCAAUCUCGCCUUUCCAAUCUACUCUCACCUUUUUGAACCCCCAAUCAUACAGGAAGUCUACCAAGCCAGAAAGAACUCUAUUGAGCUCAUGGAAUGGGGUCAUUAAUCCUGGGGAGAUGCUAUUGGUGAUUGGUAAGCCUGGGAGUGGUUGCACGACCUUCCUCAAGACGUUGGCGGGCCUUAGGGGAGAGUUUCACGACACCCGUGGCUCCUUGACCUAUGGGGGGAAAUCGAUUGAUUCUUCGGCUACCGAUUCAGUCCGGGUGACAUUCUGUGGUAAGACUCUUUCAUUUCACCCUACAACAGACUUGAUUGCUUAUGUUGUAUGGACAUAGCCGAGGACGAUGACCAUUUCCCUACUCUGCUUGUUGAAGAGACUCUCAGGUGGGUAAUCCGGUACUGAUAACCAAGCUUGCUGCUAAUACAUGAUCAGAUUUGCUGUCGAAUCCUCUUGGCCAAUAGACGCUUCAAGGUCAGCCAAACAUGACUCAGUUCGAUCCUUAGCGGACUUAGUCGGCCUUGGUCAUGUUCUUCGCACUCGAGUUGGCAGCGCAUCCAUUCGUGGGGUUUCAGGGGGAGAGCGUCGACGAGUCUCGCUUGCCGAGGCGCUCGCGACUCACGCGGAUGUUAUUUGUCUUGAUAAUCCAACAAAUGGCCUUGAUAGCUCUACAGCCCUUGAGUUUGUUGAGAUGAUGCGGGAGUACACCCGUCAAUCUGGAUGUGCCACCAUCAUGAGCAUAUACCAGGGCAGCGACGCCAUGGUCCCGAUGUUUGACAAAGUCGCUGUAAUUAAUCAAGGCCAUCAGGUCUUUUAUGGCAAAGCACAGGAAGCAAAACCUCAUUUUGAGAAAUUAGGGCAUAAGUGUCCGCCCACGACAACCAUCACAGAUUUCCUGACAAGCAUGAGUGCCAACAAGAUAUCAACACCAAUAACAUCAAGAGAGCCACCUCCAUCAACGACUAAAGAGCUAAAGAUGGCAUUUGAAUCUAGUUCCUAUUACCAAGAGACAUUGAAAGACAUACUGGCUGCCAAGUCAAUGCCCCUGUCGCCCAGCUCACUUGGUGGAAACACCUUCGAACUCCCUUUGUGGCACCAGAUUCAUCUUUGCACCAAACGCCAAUUCCGUGUACUGGUCACCAAUUACCACAAUUGGUUGAUUGAGGCAGGAUGUGGGAUCAUUCAAUCUGUUGCCAUCGGGACAUUGUUCCGAAACCAGCCCCGCGAAACUAAGGCAUUCUUUAUCUUGGCUUGCUCUUUAUUCUUCUGCGCCCUGGUUCCAUCUCUGCAAGCAAUGUCAGAGUUUGGAAACACGUUCGCCACGCGAUCCUUGGUAGCCCGCCAGAAACAAUACGGAUUCUACCGGCCCAUGUCAUAUGCGCUUGGGCUCGUCACGACGGACAUGAUUUGGAAAAUUGUCACCAUCAGCUACAACAUCCCUCAGUACUUUCUCACAGGUUUCCAGUAUGAUGCCGGCAAGUUUUUCACUUGGUUCCUGGUAUUGUAUGUUGAAAACAUGGCCCUGAGUAUGAUCUUUCGUACGGUGGGCAUAUUGACCAAGAGUAUGAGCUGGGCUGUUCUCCCUGUUGGCGUCAUCUUCAACAUCGGGGUUAUAUAUACUGGUUUGUAUAUUCCUCCGCCACAGAUGCAGGGAUGGUUAUUUUGGAUCAAGUACAUCAAUGUGAGUUAUAUCCAACAUCUCUUUCGAAGACAGGCUACAGACAAUCUGAUACCAUUUGAAGCCAUUAUACUAUUCAUGGGAAUCGAUUAUCGUGAACGAAUUCUCCAACUUGGAGUACCAGUGCAGUGAUUCAGACCUGGCCCCGUCAGGUGCCAACUACGGAAACUUUUCAAACCAGGUUUGUGCAGUCAAAGGCGCCCUUCCUGGACAAUUGAGUGUUCUAGGAUCAGCAUUUGUCCGGGAACAAUAUGGGCUAGACGCAUCUCACCUAUGGAGGAACGUCGGUAUCAAUAUUGCCAUUUUCCUCUUCUUCGCAGUGUGUACUGGGAUCGGGGUGGAGCUUCAUAAGCCUUCAGCUGGUACAGCCGCCACCGUCUUGUAUCGAAAACAAACGUGGGCGGCCGAGCGCAAGGGCAAAAGCAGGCUUGAUGUGGCAGAGACAGAUAUGGAGAGCGGCUCAUCAGACGAAACCCAAGUAUUUACACACGGUAUUUCUCCUACAGAAGGAAACACUCACCAAAUGGAGACACAUUCCGGACGUACUCUGGCGUGGGAUAAACUCUGUCUUGGUAUUGAGACUGACGGGAAGGAAAAGGUGCUCUUGGACAACUUGAGCGGUAAGUGCUCUCGCUACCUUACGCAUGACGUGCAGUAGCUAAACCAAAUGUCACAGGCUCUGUUCAUCCCAACCAUCUCACCGCACUCAUGGGCGUCUCAGGCGCCGGAAAGGUAUGGCCUCUUCAGAAUUGUAUAGUCAGAAUUUCUCCUAAUAGCAUUUAGACAACGCUUCUCAACACUCUAGCUGGGCGCAUCGACUUUGGAAAGAUGAGUGGCCAACUUUCGAUUGACGGUAGCCCACUUCCCAAAUCUUUCACCAGGUUCAUGGGGUAUGUGCAGCAACAGGACAUACACCUACCCUCACAAACAGUUCGAGAAGCCCUUCAGAUGACAGCGCGACUCCGCCGGCCCUCCAGUGUAUCCGACGAAGAAAAGGAUGGCUACGUGGAGAAGCUCAUCUCCCUGCUAGAGCUCGAUGACCUUGCCGAAGCGCUUGUCGGGUCUCCCGGUGCUGGGCUUACCUUGGAGCAGCGGCGAAGGGUGUCCAUUGGGGUAGAGCUCGCAGCCUUACCCGAAGUCCUCUUCUUGGAUGAGCCAACAUCUGGCCUAGAUGGACAGUCAGCACUUCAUAUCGUUCGCUUGCUUCGAAAACUCGCAGACGCUGGCCAGACUAUCUUAUGUACGAUUCAUCAGCCAGCUGGUGAAGUGAUCGAGUAUUUCGACCACCUCGUACUACUGGUCAAAGGGGGCCGUGUGGCUUAUGACGGACCUCUUGGUGACGGCUGCUCGGCCGCAGUUGAAUACUUCCAAAGCCAGAGCCAGGUUGGCUGUGGGGAGAACCAGAAUCCUGCGGAGUACAUUCUUGAUAUCGUUGGAGCAGGAUCACGCUCGACCAACACCAUUGACUGGGCCACCACCUGGGACCAGAGCAAGACAUCCAGAUUAGACCCUCAGCAAAAGGAGAAAGUUGAACCGCAAGAUGGCCAGAGCUCCUUGGAGAUGCAAUCCAGAGGCCGUUAUGCUGUCUCUUUCACAUCUCAAUUAUCAGUCGUUUUGCGACGAGCGUGGUUGUUUACUUGGAGAGACCCGGAUUACUUUGCUGCCAAGCUGUUUUUGAAUCUAAGCAAUGGGUUAGUCAAUGGUCUCUCAUACCUCAACUCUCCCGAUACUGGUGAUGGCAUGUACAACCGGAUAUUCAGCGCUUUCGUGGCUAUGAUUGUUGGCCCUCCAUUAGCCCUCCAGACGGAGGUGCGAUUCUUUGCAUUCAGAGAUAUCUUCCUCCUCAGGGACAAGGACUCUAUGUCAUACAGCUGGAUUGUCAUGGUUUUGUCAGCCAUUCUCGUGGAACUACCAUUCGCCCUAAUAACUGGAUUGGUUUACUGGCUGGUAUGGUACUACCCCGUCGGCUAUUUCACCAGCUCCGACCGCGCUGGCUACUCAUUCCUCAUGUUUGAGUUGUUCCACGUUUUUGUCCACAGCCUUGCCCAACUAGUCGCCAGCGUCAUGCCCAGCUUAGAGUCUUCCUUCGUGGCAAAUGGAUUCUGCUUCAUGUUCCUCAACACACUAUCCGGCACUCUGAGCCCCAAGCCGCUUACACCAGCUGGCUGGAAAUGGUAUUACGACCUAAACCCACUAUUUUACUUUAGUGAGGGUACGGCUGCGGUUUUGACACACGGCCUGGAAAUUACCUGCUCAGAAGCAGAAACAUUCGAGUUUAUGGCGCCCAGCAACACGACCUGCAUCGAAUAUGCCUACGAGUGGUUGGAGGGCGCAUCCGGGUAUGUAAUGAACCCAGAUGAUAUGGAAAUAUGUCGUUACUGCCGUUACAAAGACGGAGACAGCUAUGUGAGUUACCUUUACAGUCCAAUUCUUGCCAGUUAA